AUGCCUGCAGGGCCGUCUGGUGUUGUUGUUUUGGCCGUCAUCUACGCCCUCAUCACCGUCUCCGCGAUAAUCAUCGGUGCCCGAAUCUACCUCCGAUUAGCCAUACAAAAGCAGCGCCUCGUAACAGCAGACUGGCUACGCAUAUCAGCAUGGUGCACCGCCUUCGUCACCGGUUUCUUCGACGUACUGUAUGCUAAAGAGGGUGUUUUACAUCCUUGGAUUAAUUAUACUCUGUCUAAUUGGGAUGCUCCGCUGGAGCAGCAGAUUAGAGUCCGAAAGUACAAUUGGAUCAAUCCUUUCCCAUUCUACACGACUUUCUAUCUCUGCAAGGCAUCGCUUCUUGUCAUCUAUCUACAGCUAUUUCCGCCGUUCAUGGUCAUCAGAAGACUCAUGGUCUGGAUCGUGGUUGUGUACUGCGUCUGCGCCUACAUCGUAACCAUUUCACUGCAGCUUUUUCUGUGCUAUCCAAUCCAACGGAACUGGUCUGUCACGAAGCCUGAAGAAGCAUGCAAAUUUACCUCGUUAAUUCUCAUGUUCCAAAUCAACUGGGUGUUGCAUUUCGUUGGAAGCAUUGCGCGAAAGUCCACCGGCUACUCUUGA